UUCCAAGAACUGGAAACAACUGAGAUAUGCUCUUCUCCUAUGGUCCCAUGCACAUACAAUAAGAAUAUACAAGUACUCUCAAAGACACAAUGAAUCUGCAAAGUAGAAAAUGGCCCCUGAGAUGAGAAGGACAAGCCACGUGGUAAUUAGAACGACGACCCGGGGAAGUCCGGCCGGCACGGUGACCGGACUCACCGCAGGCAAGAGACUCGGCGGUGCACAGACCAUGUGCUCCUUACCUAUCAGUUAGCCCUGGCCGAAUGGAUCUCAACCUCAACCCGAGUCCCGGCCUCGGAACCAUCACCAAGCUCACGCAACCGCGCGCGUAAUAUGCGGCGCCAACACCUGCGCGCACCCCAAGAUGUCGUCAACCAAGAAGAUUGUCGAGUUCCCUGAUGCCGAGGCCAAACUCCAGAAACCGAGCAAGCAAUCGGCAUUCGAACGACAGAAGGCCGAGGCCGAGGCGAAGCGUCGAAGGGAGGCCGCAGAGACAGCCGCCGUUUACCAGGACUUUGUCAAGAGUUUUGCGCACGACGAUGGCGACGAUUUCCAUUUGUCUCAGCAGUCGAGGUCGCAGUCGUCUAGAUUUGGCUUUGGCCCGCCGGACAGACCUGCUAUCGGCAUUCAGGCGGCCUUUGGAGGAGGCACGGGCAAGAGACACUUUGGCGUUUCGUCGAUGAAGAGUGGGCCAGGUAGCCUGGGACCGGUCCCAUCAUCGUUUGGGAAGAAAAGGACAUAUGACGGUUUUCAACGAGAUUCGGAUGAGAGUCGAGGGAGAUUGGGCUUACAAGACAAAAACUCGCACUCCCUACCCGUGUCCAAGGCGUUCGAUGCCAGCGAUGACGAAGGAGAUUCUACAAUUGCCGACAGAGCCGAGGAGAAGGCGACCUCGAAGCCGACACUGCGUCUAGCCAAUCUGCCACCGGGCACGUCUCCCGCUGUCAUCAAGGCCCUGAUCCCCUCAAAUUUGACCGUUGAGAAUGUGUCAGUCGUUCCGCCCUCAGGCCCGACCGGGACGGAGCGGAAAUCUCUCACAGCGAUCGUCACCUUGUCCAAACAGACCCCAGCGACCGAGAUCGAUAAUGCUGUGAGCGCUCUGCAAAACCGCUACCUUGGCUUCGGCUACUUCCUUUCCCUGCACAGGCAUCUCUCCUCGGCCGCGAUAUCAUCUGGAUUGACCUCUUUGUCCUCGGCAUCGACUGUUUCACAUCCUUUCGGUGCAAAGAAGGUGGACGAAGGUCCAGGAAGAUUGUCUCACCACUCAAUGGGCCAUGGCCGUGCCUAUGCGCCCCCUGCAUCGUACAACCCUCCCCUCGGCGGCCCGCUUAGCAGGACCAGUAUUCUCCACGUUCCCAUUCGCCCUCCACAGGAUAUUAAACAGCUUCGCAUGAUUCACAAGGUUAUCGAAUCGGUCCUAGAGCAUGGCCCGGAAUUUGAAGCCCUUCUGAUGUCUCGCCCGGACGUUCAGCGUGAUGAAAAAUGGGCCUGGAUCUGGGAUGCUCGCAGUGAAGGUGGGAUUUGGUAUCGUUGGAGGCUCUGGGAGAUCGUCACAGGAUCACAGCCAACCAAGGGAAAAGCCGAGUAUAUCCCUCUUUUCGAGGGAAGCCACGCCUGGAAAGUACCUGAGCAAAGGCUAGCAUACGAAUACACGACCGGCGUCGAAGAAUUCGUGUCAGACUCGGACUACAAUUCCUCAGAAGACGACGAAUUCGACGAUGAUCAGGCUCGGCAAGGCGAAGGCCACGAGCAAGCGGACACAUUCCUCAAUCCCAUCGAAAAGUUCAAGCUCGCCCACCUGCUAGCUCGGCUACCCACGGCAAUGUCCAAACUCAGGAAGGGUGAUAUCGCCCGGGUCACGGCGUUUGCAAUUACCCACGCCAGCCGAGGUGCCGACGAAAUUGUCGACAUGAUUGUCUCCAACAUCGAGUUCCCCUUCGCCUACACUCUGGCAAAUCCUGACUACAGACAAGAGUGGAAGGAGAAAGGGGUCAGAGACGAGGACCCGGGUGCUAUCUCCUCCGCCCAGGAAGACAAGCACGCCACAGAUGCACCCGACAUAAGCUCCUCUCGGUUGCUCAGUCUCUAUGUUGUGAGCGACAUUUUGUCCUCGUCAUCUACCAGUGGAAUCCGGCAUGCAUGGCGCUACCGGCAACUGUUUGAGACAGCACUUCGAAGCCGCAAGACGUUUGAAUUGCUGGGCAUGAUGCCGGACAGACUGAAUUGGGGCCGGCUACGGGCUGAGAAGUGGAAGCGGAGCGUUGGACUUGUGCUGAGCCUUUGGGAAGGUUGGUGCGUGUUCCCUGUUGAAACGCACGAGUUCUUUGUCAAGAGCUUUGAGAACCCCCCUUCCCUGAAAAAGCAAACCAAUGGCGCCGAAUCAGAACGGAAGGCUGGGAGGUGGAAGACUGUCGAAGCUGCUCCUACUGACACGGCCAGUGGGAGCGGAUUCUUGCCUGUCUCGACCAAGCUCUCAGCAGAUGAGGCUUCAAUGGAUGGCUACGCUGAUAAGCUGCUGGAGCCGGAAUUUUCUGGCGAGGAGAUGCACUCGGCUCCUCUGCAAUAUGUUUUGCGACUGGAUGAGAUCUUCUCGGACUUGGACCUCGACGGCGAAGCGGAAUCAAUGCACAAGGCGGACGAGGAGCCAAACUUGUUGCAAACCAAGCAAGAAACAAAAUCCAUUGGGAGCUUCCAGAUGUCAGCGUCAAAACAUGCGGCUUCCAGGAGACGGAUGCGCGCGAUGGACAUGUUUGCCGAUUCAGACUCAGAUGCAGAAGGCUAGAAAGAACUCAGUCGAUCAACGCGGCUUCAAGAGUGCCCAACCGCCUGCAUGCACAAUCACUUCUUGUGUAGCACUCGGCUGUGUCGGGAUUUUCCAAGGCUGACCCAGCUGCACCGCGCCAAGUCCGUCCACGGGCUCGGGAUGAGGCUCGCCUGAGCCGGUGCAUGUCUGGCAGCUUCAGGGUCUUGACUUGGGUCAUACAAUGCCCAACCAUCCCACGUGUAUUCAUGUACUAUGUACAUAGAGUCAUCAGCGCGACAGACAGCAAGAGAUUCUUAUGACAUGAUGAAAUGAGACGGCCAAGAUGCCUUGCAUGCCCAG